AUGAAGCGCUCUAAUAACAGCUCAUCUGCACCCAAACCCGAUCCAUCCGCAGACAAGUCUCCUUCGAUGGAGGACGACGAAUCUUCAUCGGGUGAGUCAACGUUUACAGGUAGUCAACAGAAGCCUGAACCGGAUGUCGAGGUGGUGCCAAAGGACACAAAUCGUGAUCCUUUCCCAGAGACAAAAACUAUAGAGCAGAUCAAGCCUCCAAAAACCUAUGCUGAGCGCGCUGCAUUUAUUGAGGAACGCAAUCGAAUGCGCCGUUACAAUAGCCCUGCAGCUCGUACCAACUACAGCGUCAAGAGAGAGGAAUAUGACCUCAGGACACUGAGAACAAUGUCAAGUAGCAGUGCAAGAUAUCAGCAACAACGUGCAUCUGCUAUCAUUGACGCUCCCCCCUCGCCCGAUAGCAGCGAAAACGAAUUGGAGGAAGAAGAUUUAAAGUUGGGAAAACGAUUAUUGAUAGUUGAUGACAGUAUGGAAAACGAGAAAGUGUCGAAAGACGGCGAGAAACAGAGACUUCGAUUCGAACAGGAAGAUUUAGGCGGGUUAUACAAAGCAUUCUCUCCAUCGUUGAAUAAACUGUUGGAAGAUUAUUUUGAUAGUCAAGUUAAAGACGAAGUUUACGAGAGAAUGAUGGCUAAAGCAUCUGAACUCCACUUGUGCGAUAACUGGUCGCCAAUCCAGAAGUUGAUCGAACCGCUUGCAUUCGAAGAUGCAAUGAAUGCACAAAUUCAAGAAAAACUCGAGUCAUUGUCAAGCGAUCAUUUUAAGCCUGACGGUGAACCGUCUUCAAAGUUCGUGGAGUGCCUUCUGAAAUCCAUUUUCUGCUCAGGACCUGACAUGAGUGAUGUAUUUGUUCUGUGUGCCGAUGUUUUCUUUGAGCUGUACUUACCAAUGUAUGAUCCACAUCAGGUGGCUGGACGUUCUGACGCUGGAGACCUCUUUGCCAGCUCUUCUUCAUCAUCAGCUGCCGUCAAAGAAAAUUCAUAUAACCAAGAAAUGGCAACAUCCUCUACCGAAAAACUCACCAACAAAAGCAGGAUCGUUCAUGUGCCUUGGCUUACUCCAGGCGUGAAAUUUCUAGAGUAUGGCUGCGUGUCAAUUGCUGAAUUGAUUUCAAGAAAAAUUAUAUUCUCCCACGAUGUUUCUGAUCAAGAUAUUCAGACAAUGACUGACAAGUGCAAAACUUUAGCUGGAUCUGAAUUUGAAGACAUUUUCAAAAUGAAGUUUCUCAGCAAGGUCGAAAACAUCGAUCAAGUCAUCCAAGAAGUCAAGGAUCUUCUGGGAGGAAAAUCAUCAUUUUCUGAAGACAGUGCAUCCGUUGUCGCGAAAGCUCUUCUUCAAUGCACGUUUUGCAUGGGAGCCAAACCCACGGACAAUUUCAUAUUUUGCGAAGACCUAUAUUAUCCUGCGACUCAUAGCGAAGAAUUUUAUUGUUCUAAAGUGGAAUACGCUAUGAAUUGGAGAACAAACCUGGGCGAGUUUUACACACCGACCUCUUCGACUCGCCGCGAACCGAAAUUGUUGCCCACAACUUACACUGAAACAUUGACGACCUCCACAGAAACUGGAACUUCGGAGCCAAAAACUAUUAAGGACGCUUCGAAAAAGCGUCAGCACUCUCCAACAUCGAAUAGUGGCGAUUUGGACAAUAUUCCACCAGCCAAGAAAUGA